AUGGCGUCGCAGGGACAGGGAGACAACCUGUCCUCCAAGCUCCGCGGAUUUCUGUCCAGGAAGAAGGGCGACAAGGCGGGCAAGGGCGGCGAUGAGGCCGGCGCGAAGCCCCUGAGCGGGCCGAACUCGGGCCACGCGGCGCCCGCGGGCGACGCCAGGGCUCCCGCGGCCGCGGCAGCGGCGGCCCCGGCCCCGGGAAAGGCCGACUGCAGCGUGACGGGCAACCUCCCGAAGCACGGCCGCUUCAUCGCGACGCACGACGCCAUGACCACGAAGACGCUCCAGGAGGCGCUCGACAAGGUGCACGAGACCGACCGCAAGAAGGGGAGCACGUCGGCGACCGCCGAAGACGGGAAUGCGGGCGGGCAGAAGCGGCGGCGGCUGAUGCAGAAGCGCGUGGCGAUCGUGGCGGAGAUCCUCGCGAGCGAGACGGUCAGCGAGUUCAAGACGGUCGCCAAGUCGCCCGAGUCGCAGGAGCUGAUUGAGAAGACCGUCACCAACAACCUGCUGUUCGAGAUGGUGUCACUGCCGGCGCGGAAGGCGAUCAUCGACAGCAUGGACUACAUCGAGCUCGCGGCGGGGCAGGUCAUCAUGAAGCAGGGGGACUCGAAGGCCGACAAGUUUUACGUGCUGGAGAAGGGGCACGCCGAGAUUCGGAAGAAGGCCGAGGACGGGUCCGAGUCCGGGCGGAUCGAGAUCGGGCCGGGGUCGUGCUUCGGGGAGAUCGCGCUGCUGUACAACACGCCGCGGACGGCGACGGUGACGUGCAAGACGGCGUGCCGGCUGUGGGUGAUGGAGCGCGCGGUGUACAAGGGCAUCGUCACGGCGUACUCGCGGCGCAUCACGGACGAGAUGUUCUACCUCAUGGAGAGCAUUCCGGCGCUGAGCGUGCUCAACGAGGAGCAGCGCCGGAAGCUGGCGGACGCCAUGGACCCCAUGGAGUUUGAGGACGGCGAGACCAUCUUCCGGAAGGGCGACGAGGCGGACCGGUUCUUCCUCGUCAAGGAGGGGCACAUCCGCAUCGUGGACGAGGGCCGCACGAUCUCGAUGGUGUCGCCCGGGCAGGGCUUCGGGGAGCGCGCGCUGCAGUUUGACAUCAAGCGGACGGCCGACGCGGUCUGCGAGGGCUACGUCGUGUGCUACACGAUCACGAAGCAGGCCUUCCAGCGCCUCAUCGGGCCGCUGCACUCCAUGUGGCGCUUCGACGCGCUCCGGCGCGUCAACAUCCUCGCCGCCGUCACCGACCAGCAGGUGCUGCGGCUCGCGGAGCUCAUGGAGGAGCGCAUGUACAAGUCCGGCGACGUGGUCUUCGAGAAGGGCGACGAGGCGGACGCGUUCUACGUCGUCCAGGACGGCGAGUUCCGCAUCUACGACGAGGACACGGAGUACGCGCGCGUGUUCCAGGGGUCGUGUUUCGGGGAGCUCGCGCUGCUGUCGGACGACCUGCGCACGGCGUCGGUGCAGGCGGUGACGAACGGCGUGCUGCUGUGCCUGAAGAAGCAGGACUUCAGCGACACGCUCGGGCAGCUGGAGGAGAUUUGGCUCAUGUGGCGCAUGGAGGCGCUGCUGCGCGUGCCGGUGCUGCGCGUGCUGAGCCACGAGCAGCUGCUGCGCGUCGCGCAGAACCUGGAGCAGGAGCUGUUCAACGAGGGCGAGGUCAUCGUGCGCGCGGGGGACUAUGGCGACAAGUUCUACAUCGUCGAGUCAGGGAUGGUGCAGGUGCUCGCCGAGGACGGCCGCGAGAUCCGGAAGCUCGGCGGCGGGUCGUACUUCGGGGAGGUCGCGCUGUUCUACGGCACGCGCCGCGCGGCGACCGUCAAGGCCAUGUGCUACAUGUCGGUGCUCAGUCUGACCGCGGACAAGGUCGACGACAUCCUCGAGCCCGUCCGGCGGCUGAUGGAGUCGAACGCGAAGACGUACUACUUCCCCAAGGGCUUCGGGUUCCGUCCGCUCAAGCUGGGCGACCUCGACAUGGUGAAGAUCCUCGGCGUUGGCGCGUUCGGGGUCGUGCACCUGGUGCGGCACAGCGGGAACUACUACGCGCUCAAGGCGAUGAGCAAGGGCCGGCUGCGGCAGGUCGGGCUCACGAAGCACGUCCGGCGCGAGAAGGAGGUUAUGCUGGAGUGCACGUCGCCGUUCGUGGUCAACCUCAUCGCCACCUUCUCGGACCGCAUGUACAUCUACAUGCUGAUGGAGACGGUCAUGGGCGGCGAGCUCUUCACGCUCCUGCAGUCCCGCACGUACCCGCUGUCGGAGCAGGCGGCCAAGUUCUACGCUGGGUGCGUCAUCCUCGGGCUGCAGCACUUCGCCGAGCGGCACAUCUGCUUCCGCGACCUCAAGCCCGAGAACCUGCUUAUCGCGCCGAACGGGUACAUCAAGAUCGCGGACUUCGGCUUCGCGAAGAAGGUCUGGCGCGGGAAGACGUUCACGAUGUGCGGCACGCCGGACUACAUGGCGCCGGAGAUGAUCAGCCACACGGGGCACACGCGCGCGGUGGACCUCUGGUCGCUCGGCGUGCUCAUCUACGAGAUGGUCGUGGGCAUCACGCCGUUCUACAACCCCCAGAAUCAGAUCGACACCUUCCGCCGCAUCGUCCAGUGCAACCUCCAGAUCCCGCCGCACGUGGGGUCCAAGUGCAAGGACGUCAUCCUCAAGCUCAUGAACCUCAACCCCAUGAAGCGCCUCGGCAUGGGCACGGCGGGCAUCGACGAGAUCAAGCAACACCCCUGGUUCGCGGGGUUCAAUUGGGAGGCCCUGUCGAACCAGACGCUCGCCGCGCCCUUCCUGCCGAAGAUCCACGACCUCGAGGACACGCGCAACUUCGACAGCAUCCACCCGAAGGACCCGCGGAUCCAGGUCACGGACGUGGAGCGCAACUACCAGUCCGAGGGGGAGUUUGCCGAUUUCUAA